AUGGCCCUCACCAAAUCCACUCCCUCAACAACUACCCCCUCAAAGAUUCCCUCAAAAACAACAACAAGCAAAACUUCUAGCAGCAGCACAACAACAACCACUUCAAGUACAAAGACAUUCUCUUCGGGAACGAGUAAUAAUAGAUCAUUGUCAAACAGUCCUACUCCAAAGGCAGUAACCACAACAACAACAACUUCAAGCUGUAAUGUAACAAAGAUAACAAGUAAUGCCGGCAAGACAUCAUCAUCUUUACCAAGUGCAACCAAACCUGUGGCGACAACUACUACUAGUAAGGUUUCAUCAAGUUCCAAACCAUCAAGUCUAUCUUCAUCACCAAAGGCAACAUUCAUAUCAAAAACAUCUUCAGCAUUAAGGACCAAAACUGGUAGUACAACCACAUCCUCAUCAACAACAAAGGCUCCACCUGUUAGUAAGCAACAACCUGCCAAUGUUCCAGUGAAACCAAAAACACCACUUCCUAAAGCUCAACAAUUGGAAGAUGAAUUGAACAGACUUGUUUGUAAACUUCCUAGUGAAGUGUUGCUCAUUAUUUUGGACUAUUAUGGAGGAUUAUUCGAUCAAUCAUGUGGUUCCAAUGUUAGAAAGUUUAAUCAAUUGUAUUUUGGUAAAUUUACAAGAUCUGGACAGGGAGACUCUCCAAAGUUUCUCUUUAGAAGAUUGGAGUUGGAUGGUUCUAAAAUGUAUCAUAGAUCUGAACUUUUGAGGAUGACUCAAUGCUUGGCAGCCAAUGGUGCAAAGAUUGCAAUGAAGGUCCCAUAUGUUAAAUUAUUACAUGAUACCACUGUCACAGAUUCCCAACAAGCAUUGACCCAAACAAAGAAAACUCUUAAACUAUUACCUGUACAAAACAUCACAAGUCUUAAUGUAAGACAAUUACCUUCAGAAGUUUUGGUUUCAACCUUGGAAGUGAUGGCACCUUAUUUGGAAGAUGUUACAAUCCUUCAAGUUCCUUCAAGUGAUAUGUGUGAAAUGAACAGAUUCUGUAAACUUAAAUUUCCAAAGUUGAGAAUAUUCAGAUGGAGAGGUCACAGUGCAGGAAAAGAUGAAGACUUUACAGAAUUUUCUGCUAAUUCUUCUUUAUUAACCACUUUAGAUAUUCAAACAAGUGUCACCUCAAUUUUCCGCUUUUCAAAAGCUCUUAAAAAUUGGCCAAAUAUUAGAACUGUCAAAUCAAUACUUAAAGGAGAAAAUGGUGGCUCCCUUCAUGGAUAUACAACACUUUACGAUAGCCCUCCAGACGAUACUCAAAGAGAAUUCUUUGAAAAUUUGAGUUCCUGUUCAAAGUUGAGUACAAUUAGCUUGGAUCAUGAAAAAAUCAAGCCAGGAAUGCUUAAAUAUCUUGCAGGAAUGCCUAUUAAAACAGCAGAAAUCACCUCAUGCGGAAUAGGUGACAGUUUUAGUGAGCUUCUCACUAUAGCCUCCUUGAAAAAGCUUAAACUUGGGACUUAUGAAGCAGUUCAUGAAGUGUCCACAGAUGUCAUGUGUGAUUUGGUGGAUUUGAAUAUUUUCAGAACUCCAAUUUUCAGUGUUGAACGUUUAUCCCAACUCAAAAAUUUGAAAACUCUCACACUUAUCAAUCAAGAUAUUAAUGACAAAUUUGUUGAAGCAAUUUCUAAAGAGCUACCACUAUUGGAGACGAUUGAUUUAAGUGAAAAUCCAAUCACAAAUAAUAGCAUAUUAAGCAUUUCCAAAAAUUGUCCAAAAAUCACAUCUAUCCGAGCAAUUAAUACUGGUGUUUCAAACUUUACUCUUCCAAAAGAGAUUAAAUACUUGGUUGUAAAAUAA